GAAUGAUUUCGGAUCCAUCUCUGGUCUGGAUUCUGCAAGACACACAAUCCUGUCAUUUUAACGGAGACAAAAUCCGGUACAAAAUGGAAGGGGAAUCGGGUUCCGGCACGAAAACGCCACUGCUGAGUAGGAGCGGGAGACGGUCGGGACUGCACCUGAGGAAGAACUCGGUGAACUCGCUGAGGAAGGAGUUUGUAUCAAGUUUGCCGGAGAAGGUUCGCUGUGGUGUUGAUGAUGAGUCUCCUUUCGACAUUGAUGUCUCAAAAACCAAAGGUUUGACGAAAGGGGAAGAGGAGUACUAUGAAAAACAAUUUGCAACCUUGAAAUCCUUUGAGGAAGUUGAUGCUUUGAAUGCGUCGUCAGGGGACGUUGUUGACGAAAAUGAGCAAGAUGAGGAGCAAAUUCAACAAGAAAGAGCCAUGAAGAUUUCUAAUUAUGCAAAUAUAAUCUUGCUGAUACUCAAGAUCUAUGCCACAAUAAGGAGUGGAUCCAUAGCUAUAGCAGCAUCAACAUUGGACUCUUUACUUGAUCUCAUGGCUGGUGGAAUACUUUGGUUUACUCACUUGUCAAUGAAAAACGUGAACAUUUAUAAGUAUCCUAUUGGAAAACUGAGGGUGCAACCAGUAGGCAUAAUUGUCUUUGCUGCUGUUAUGGCUACACUCGGCUUUCAGGUGUUGAUCCAAGCUCUAGAGCAACUAAUUAAAAAUGAACCUUCAGAGAAAAUGUCCUCAAAUCAAUUGAAAUGGUUGUAUGCCAUCAUGAUAACUGCUACAGUGGUAAAACUUGCCCUUUGGCUUUACUGCAGAACUUCAUCAAACACGAUUGUCCGUGCUUAUGCUAAGGAUCACUACUUUGACGUGGUGACAAAUGUGGUGGGACUAGUUGCAGCUGUUCUUGGUGAUGAAUUUUACUGGUGGAUUGAUCCUGCUGGGGCUAUUGUCCUUGCACUUUAUACAAUUAUAAAUUGGUCCGCAACUGUUAUGGAAAAUGCCAUUUCACUCGUGGGACAAUCAGCUCCUCCUGAUUUCUUGCAAAAAGUAACAUAUUUGGUAUUGAGGCACCCCUUAGUGAAGCGUGUUGACACUGUCCGUGCUUAUACCUUUGGCGUCCUUUAUUUUGUGGAGGUAGACAUAGAACUCCCUGAAGAGUUACCUUUAAAAGAAGCACACACCAUUGGAGAGGCCCUGCAGAUAAAGAUUGAGAAAAUUCCAGAAGUUGAGCGUGCAUUUGUUCAUCUCGACUUUGAAUGUGAACACAAACCUGAGCACUCUAUUCUUAGUCGUCUUCCCAAUACUGAUUCUUGAUCUUGGAGCAUCUUGUGCGGUUGAAACUUGAAAGAGCCAAUAUUGGGUUUACAGAUUUCUAUGCACAAUGUUCUUCUGACCCCUCAGAGGAUAGAAGUGUCACAUUUUGGCAAGUGAAUCAUUUCUCUUGAUAAUGGUUGAGAUGCUUUUGAAGAAAUCUGUGCCAUAUGUUUCUGCAUCUAGUUUUCAUUUUUUGAUAAUUUGAAGUUCGGAACUACCGAUGAAUAAGUUUAUGAAUUUAUCCUUUUGGAAUAUGUGUUGCUUUUCAAUAAAUGAAACUUAUUUCA